AUAUAAAGCCUGGCAGGCGGGUAAAACAGCAACAAGCGACAAAAUGAAAUUCGCUUUGCUAACAGCAGUCGUUGCAGCCGUUCUGGCCACCCAAACAGCCAGCGCCGAAUGGGGCAUGCCCGGAGGCGGUGCAGGAGCCGGGGGCGGCGCAGGCGGCAGUGCGGGAAUAGGAGCCAAUGCGGGAUUCGGCUUUGGAAUGAAUGGGGGAGUGGGCGGCCAAGGGGGCGCAGGCGGCGGGGGCGGCGCCAAGGGCGGGGCCGACGGUGGCACCCAAGAAUAAACAAAACGUUGUCUUGAGGCGAAUAAAUACUUAAUUACUGCAAAAAAA